AUGGCUUGGCAGAACAAACAAAAUCGAUUACUGCAUCUCUUUGAAUAUACAACAGUCAGAUAUGUGGGCACGCAAAAUAAGAAAAUCGGACUUCUGUACAGAAUAUUUCAACUCACUAUCGUGGGAUAUCUCAUUGGAUGGGUAUUUUUGAAAAACAAAGGAUACCAGGUAAAAGAUGAUACUCUCGAGAGUUCUGUGGUAACUAAAGUUAAAGGAAUUGCACGUGUCAACACAACAGAUUCAAAUUUGUGGGGACCAGAGGACUAUGUUUUCCCCAACCAGGGUGAGACUUUUCUUUCUAUAGCAACCAAUUUCAUCGAGACACCAAACCAAAAAUUAGGCAACUGUUCAGAGAACCCAAAAGUACCGAAUAACACAUGCUCUAAGGAUGAAGAUUGCACAGUGGGAGAGGCUGUUAGGGCUGGAAACGGAAUUAAAACUGGCAUUUGUUUGGAAACACACAAUGGCACUUGUGAAAUAUAUGGCUGGUGUCCCACUGAAAUACACAGGGAUCCACACCCAGCCACCAUUGUGAGAGAAGCUGAAAACUUCACUUUGUACAUAAGAAACUUCAUCAGAUUUUCCCAGUUCAACUUCUCAACAUCAAAUGUUCCGAAGGAAAACAGAUCAUUGUAUUUAAAAAACUGCUUGUAUGAUGAAACUGUUUUCCCGUACUGCCCUAUAUUUCGCCUGGGAGAUAUUGUGAACAAAACUGGAAAUAAGUUUGAAGAAAUGGCUCUAAAGGGUGGUUCAAUUGGGGUUCUGAUUGAGUGGCUCUGUGACCUUGAUGUAGACUCAGAAUGUCGUCCUCACUACAGCUUUGUACGUCUGGGCAAAUUGUCAGAAAAAAUCGGAUUUGACUUCAGUCGAGCUGUCGAUGGGUAUUUCAUCAUUGUUGCUGAUGACACCUACCACAGUUGUGUCAUCAGCAAACUUGAUGAUGUGGUUGGAGCUGAACUUGGCAGUGCAGUCGUGGGUCAGCAGUGUGAAGAGCAGCGGGCUGAGCACACAGCCCUGUGGAGCACCUGUGCUCGGUGUGGUAGUGCUGGAGGUGGAUUUGCUCGCUAUUUCACUACUGCAGGACAGAAGCAAAGAACAUUUUACAGAGUUUUUGGAAUUCAUUUGGAAAUCAUGGUGUUUGGAAUGGCAAGAAAAUUUUGUAUUAUUCCUACGAUUGUCAACAUAGCCUCUGCUCUGACUUUAAUGGGUGCUGGUUCUUACAUCUGUGACGUUAUGCUACUGUACGUGAUGAAGAAGAGGAGUGUUAACACAGAGUCAAAGCUUGAGAGAAUGACAACGUAUGUAACAGAAGCAUGUUUGCUAGAAAUGCUACUGUGCUGUGUACUUUGAUUUAAGAACAAAUAUAA